CUAUAUAGGGAACGAGAUCGGACGCAGCGUGACGCAGCUUCAGCGUUCUGACUGCGCAUGCGCCGCUGCCGCCUCUCGCAUUUCCGGUUGCUGCUCCUCUCACUCGGAGCCAUGGCACUGCUGACAGCGGUUUUCUCUUCUCUUCUCUUCACGCCCGCCUUUGCUUCGGUGCACGAGCUCGAUGACACGUUUAAAGACAGCAGGAUGGAUGACGUCUGGCUGGUGGAUUUUUAUGCUCCGUGGUGUGGAUACUGUAAGAAGCUGGAGCCGGUCUGGCAGGAGGUGGGGGCGGAGCUGAGCCGCUCGGGGUCGCCGGUCCGAGUCGGAAAGAUGGACGCCACCGCAUACUCAGGUAUGGCGUCAGAGUUCGGCGUGCGAGGAUAUCCCACCAUUAAACUGCUGAAGGGGGAGCUGGCAUAUAAUUACAAGGGACCACGAACCAAAGAUGACGUGAUCGAGUUUGCCAACAGAGUGGCUGGGCCAGCCGUGCGGUCGCUGCCCAGCAGACAGAUGUUUGAGCACGUCUUGAAGAGGCACAGUGUGUUGUUUCUGUAUGUCGGAGGCGAGUCUCCUCUGAAAGAGAAGUACACGGAGGUGGCGUCGGAGCUCAUUGUGUACACGUAUUUCUUCUCUGCGUCUGAAGAUGUCUUACCAGAGUCUGUGACUUUGCAUGAAUUGCCUUCAGUGCUCGUCUUCAAAGAUGGAACCUAUUUCACAUACGAUGAGUAUGAAGACGGCAGCUUGUCGUCCUGGGUGAACCGAGAGCGCUUCCAGAGCUACCUGCCCAUCGAUGGGUUCACGCUCUAUGAGCUGGGAGAGACAGGUAAAUUGGUGGCGAUUGCAGUUACUGAUGAGAAAGAUCUGACGGAGCAGAGCAGCAGGUUGAAGGGUCUGAUCCAGAGAGUAGCUGCUGAACACAGAGAUCAGUUCAACAGAGAUUUCCAGUUCGGACACAUGGAUGGUAACGACUACAUCAACAGCCUCAUAAUGGGUGAGGUGUCUGUGCCCAGCAUCAUCAUCCUCAACACCUCAAACGAGCAGUACUUCCUGCCGGCGGAGCCUGUGGAGGAUCUUCAGCAGCUGCUCCAGUUCUUCAGCAGCGUUCUGGACGGCAGCGCUCCGGCGUAUGGAGGAGACGGGUUUCUCCAGAGGAUCAAGCGUGUGGCGUAUGAUGCCAGGUCCACCGUCAUGUCGGUGUUCCGCAGCUCUCCGCUGCUCGGCUGCUUCCUCUUCGGUCUGCCGCUAGGCGUCAUCAGCCUCAUGUGCUACGGCAUCUGCACGGCCGAGUCUGAAGACGACACGGAGCUGAUGAAGAGAGACGGCUUCACGGACGAGGAGGAAGACGAGGGUGAGGAGGAAGAGCAGCAGCGGCUGACGGCCGGAGCAGAAGACACCGGAGAGGAGGAUGAAGACGCAGAGAAGAUCAAUCAAAAGAGUCCAAGUGAAAAAAAGGUUGAUUAACGAGAAACCAACGCCUCCGAAGAGGAAACCAUGGCCUAGGAUCUCCUCACUGGCUUUCAUGGUUUUCACAUUCUUUAUUUUCAGAAUUGCCCUACUGUAAAUGUGCAUCAAAAGUCUUGUUCCUGAAAUCUUCAAGAGCAGUCAUGGAGCUCCGCGUGUGACUGUAUCGAGUUACAAAAGCACAAAGACUGUUUUCAAGUGAGCGACAGCAGGUCUUUGUGCUUAUUAAUAAUCAUUUUAAAUCACUUUAAAUCACGUGUCGACUGCAGGGAACUCUUAGUUCAAACAUGCUAAACCAUCGAUCUCUCAAUGGACACACGUCCUAUUCUAUUCUAUUUUAUUUUUUUUGGAUGAGAAAGUGCAGUUAUUGUUGCAUCGGAGACUUGAUCUCCAGAAGAUUGUCUUACAUGAGAUUCAUCACAUUAUCAAAACAUAAUGAGCGCACAUACAUGCUUUUCUCCUGCUUGCUUCUCGGGCGUGAUCCGACCGAAUGUAGACGUCUAGUGAAGUUAUUCUAGCAUGGAUUUGGUGAGAGUGUGAAAUGAUGAACGAAGCCUUGGGUUUUAUCAAAUGCACUGAACACAUUCACACACACAGCAGCUGUAGGUUCAGUUGAGUUUUUUGUUUUUAGCUAGAUAUUCUUGAUCCUGGAGAAAACCAACAUGAGCGUUCCUUCUGUAGGGUGCUACAUUUAACAUGUACAGCAGGUAGAGUCAGUGUGUGUGUGUUUUAGAUAUAAAGGCUUUAUGUGUCAGUUACCAAAAUUCCCUCAGAAACUGUUACUGCAUUCAUGAAAAAGGAAAGUGAAGAUGCAGGGCUUUUAUUUCGAUCCUCAAAACUACAGCGAAUCGGUGUAAACGGAUGUGAAAGUCUGUGAGAGGAGACGUUUGCUUGAGCUUCAGAUCAGCAGAUCUCAGACACUCUCAGAAACUAGACGGCGUUUCCAGUUUGAGCCAAAGCUGUCGUCACGUACGAGCUCGUGCUGCUGUAUGUCCACACUGGAUGGUAACGGAGUAUCGUUGCUAACCUUGCCUUCACAUUCCCCUCCUGAUGCCUGCUGUUACUGUAGGGAUUCUCUUAUUUUAACACACAACUCGUCUUACGGUUUCUGCUUUGUUCAUGUUUCUCUGUCUCUCUCUCGUUCUGCUUUCUUCCCUCACAUCAGUCUCAUGGUAAAGCAGACUGUACUUUGUUUGUUGUUUGUAGAUAUCGUUUAGGUGUUAGUGGGGUAAGAUUGUUUGUCACGUCCACAUAUUUAUGAAGGGCCUGUCAUGAACAGAAAUGUUCUGCCAAAAACGACGCCGCAAUGAUUACAAUCAAUAAAGAAGUCCAUGUUUGACACA